AUGCAACUACAUUGUUUUCUAGCAGCAAUCAUGAUUCACCAAGUGUGUGCAAGGCUUUCUAUUGCGCAGCUGGAGUCUAUGCCGAGCUUUGAGCUGUGCAGAAACGGCACCGCCGUAGGAAUAAACACGGAGGGCCCUCUUAACAUGGCGUGCGGAUAUGUGUACACUGAAAGAGGCUUUAUGCACAACAAACGGUUUUUUUCGUCUGAAAUAGAGACAGAUUACAGCCUGCGCCCCAAGGGAGGGCCUGAAAGCAUUGAUUCAGAGUAUAUCUUUACCCGAAUGCCAAGCAUGGACUUCGCGCUUCCGUGCGCUGGCGCAGAGGGUCCGCUGGACGCAUACACCCACGACUACCACAGCACGCUCAUCCGGAUGUUCCCGUCUGAAGAGGGGGAGCUUUCGAUCAAAACCGAGCGAGAGAACUCGCUUUUCCAGACGC